AAGCUACAGCAUGACUGUAAAGUCACUUUCUUUCUUUUAAUAACAGACUGUUCUCUUUUCAUCUUCUUAUAUACCUAAAAAAAAUGCAAAAAGGAAUUGAAUUUUUUGUGUGUAAAAACAAACAACCAAACAAACAUAAAUAGAUUGCUAAACAUCUCAUUAUGACCUGUUUUUGUCUUUCAUUUCCCGCACUCUUCUAAGUUUAUUUAGUAGCUUCACAAUCUUUCAUUCAUUUAUUCUGCAACUCCAAUUGAAAGUUGAAACCCACCCCAAUUCUCUAAAUUGAAACCCCCACACAAUGAAUUCUUCUUCAUUCUUAUGUAAAACAGUAAAAAUGGUUGUUGCUAUUGUAAUUCUGCUUCAAUUCUUCAUUUCAAUGGAGAUUGUAGUGUCAUCACCAUCAUUCUUUGACAGAAUUAUGCAACUUCCAGGUCAACCUCCUGUAAACUUUCAGCAAUACUCAGGUUAUGUCAAUUUAGAUGAAAAGAAGCAAAGGGCAUUAUUUUAUUACUUUGUUGAAGCAGAAUCCAAUCCAGCUUCAAAACCUUUAGUUCUCUGGUUAAAUGGAGGUCCUGGUUGUUCAUCUCUUGGAGUUGGAGCAUUCUCUGAGAAUGGACCUUUCAGGCCUAAUGGAAAUGUGCUUGUGAGAAAUGAGUACAGUUGGAACAAAGAAGCAAACAUGUUAUAUUUGGAAACACCAGUUGGAGUUGGGUUUUCUUAUACUACUGAGACUACUUCAGAGGAUGAUGAUACUGCCACCAUUGGUGAUAAGAUUACAGCCAGAGACAAUCUUGUGUUUCUGCAAAGAUGGUUUCUCAAGUUCCCACAGUACAAGCAUAGAGAUUUGUUCAUUACCGGAGAAAGCUAUGCCGGCCAUUACAUUCCGCAACUAGCCGAACUCAUGAUUCAAUUCAACAAGAAGGACAAGUUGUUCAAUCUCAAAGGAAUUGCAUUGGGAAACCCAGUUUUAGAAUUCGCUACGGAUUUCAACUCAAGAGCGGAAUUCAUUUGGUCUCAUGGACUAAUAUCUGAUUCCACAUACAAUCUUUUCACUUCAGCUUGUAACUACUCAAGAUAUGUGAGUGAGUACUACAGAGGCUAUGUUUCACCUGUUUGUUCAAGGGUUAUGAGUCAAGUAACAAAAGAAACAAGCAGAUUUGUCGACAAAUACGAUGUUACGCUCGAUGUUUGCAUAUCAUCAAUACUCUCACAAUCCAAAGUUAUCACUCCCCAAUCACUUACGAAGAAGAUAGAUGUCUGCCUCGAUGAUGAAACGACGAAUUAUUUGAACCGUAAAGAUGUUCAGUUUGCAUUCCAUGCUCGGCUUGUAGGAGUCAAUAAGUGGACUGUUUGCAGCAACGUACUGGAUUAUGAGUUGCUUGAUUUAGAGAUACCUACAAUCUCCAUUGUUGGUUCAAUUGUCAAGGCUGGAAUACCUGUUCUGGUUUACAGUGGAGAUCAAGAUUCUGUAAUCCCAUUAACUGGAAGCCGGACAUUAGUCCAUGGACUUGCCAAGGAAUUAGGUCUCGACGUCACUGCACCUUACAGAGUUUGGUUUGAAGGUCAACAGGUUGGUGGAUGGACUCAAGUGUAUGGUGAUAUCCUAUCGUUUGCUACUAUAAGAGGAGCUUCACAUGAAGCUCCAUUCUCACAGCCAGAGAGAUCACUUGUUCUGUUCAAGUCAUUUUUAGAACGCAGGCCUUUACCAGAAGUCUUUGUUUAGCUACUUACUACUACAGGUGAUAAGAUUGAAAGGAAAAUAGCUAGAUUGAGUUGUAAGUAAUGUUCGUCGUCGUUGUAUUCAGGCCGAUGAAUGAGAAAAAGAAAUGCCUUCAUUCGUUUAUA